ACUCUUUUUAAAUACACUUCUUGCAGUAUUCCAAAGUCAUAUUUGGAAACAAGGGACAAGAUAAAACGCGAAAUUUAGGCGCGCACAUUCUUACACUUUCAUUCACCUCCAAUUCACCUACCAUUUUAGUACAAAACAAGAUCUCUCUAACAGCAGUAAGAUCCAAUACGAGUUAGAAGGGAUACCCUUUCCUAAAAUCGCAACCGUCUCUUCAGUGGUCCAGCACCUGAGCAUAAUUACGAGUACACCUUUGCGCGAACCCGUCACCAAAAAAAGACCCGAUCGCUUGAAACUAAGAAAGAAGGAUAUCUUGAGCUUGAAGUCAAAACCUACUCUUGAACUGUAAAUUGCCCAGCAAAGUACAAGCUCUCGCGCCUCUUAUUGCGAAGGUACCUAUCACAGGUAGACGUUUCCAAGUCACAGUUGUGGUUUCAUCGUUAUUCGAAUCUUAGAUCGCCCUUGCAGUUUAAGCGCGAAUAGCCUUGAGUUGGUGCUAGCAAGGGUAAAAAACUAUGAGCGAACCGCCUCGUCGAUCUAGCUUCGGGAUGUUGCUUCGACGCAGUAAAUCGGGUGAGUUAGGUAAGGGGGGUAGGAAGCACCAUAAGGAGGUACCGCAACGGGAAAGCGUUCCUAAAUCCCCCCCUCGUCUGCCCGAUCUCUACAAUGGUGCUCAACCUCCUGAACCACUUGAGAGCUUUGGAGGUGAUACCCGCCCAGACUCUAUCGCGAUCGUUUCAGGAAAAGUCGACCAUUCAUUUCACCACUUCCCACCUAGGCCAUCUAUCGAUCCCGGCCGUCCUUCGAUGUCUUCUGUUGCUAGUCCUCCUAUACCUCCCGUCCCCUCAGGAUACUACGUUGACCCCUACGCUCGUGCUGAAAGUAUGACGCAUCGUGGCCGAUAUAGCUAUGCUAGUAGUGCCGUUAGCACUAUUAAUAGUCCCAGAAGGGUUCGGAGGAGGAAGGACCCUACUCCCUUUAACAUUCUAAUCAUGGGCACCCGUGGCUCCGGAAAGACCUCAUUUCUUGAAUUCCUAAAGACUUCCCUGGCCCUGCCAGAGAAGAAGCGGUCUCAACGCUCGACCGAGAUUGAACAAGAGGUUACUACCCAUGCAACUCCCUCGGGUAACUUCAUUCCACACUACGUCGAGAGCGAAAUCGACGGCGAGCGUAUUGGGUUGACCCUAUGGGAUUCGGAGGGUCUCGAGAAAAAUGUGGUCGACUUGCAAUUGAGAGAAAUGUCAACUUUUUUGGAGAGCAAAUUUGAGGAGACUUUUGCUGAAGAGAUGAAAGUGAUUCGAUCACCUGGCGUUCAGGAUACGCACAUCCACGCAGUUUUCCUCGUUCUAGAUCCUGCUCGUCUGGACCGGAAUAUAGCUGCCGCGGAAGCUGCCUCGGCCAAUGGCCACGGCGGAAAGUACGAACGAGAAAUCGGCCGCGUGGUGGGUGGCCUAGACGAAGAUCUCGACCUACAGGUUAUGCGAACACUCCAGGGGAAGACCACAGUGAUACCAGUCAUAUCGAAAGCUGACACGAUAACCACCGCUCAUAUGGCUGUCCUCAAGAAGACCGUCUGGGAUAGCCUUAAGAAGGCAAAAUUCGAUCCCCUCGAAGCAUUAGGUCUUGAUGAUGAAGACGAUACGACGCCAGAUUCUAGCAGAAUCGACGAGGCCGAAGAGGAGGAUGAGGGAGAUGAAGCGGCAGUUGGGGGACCAGCAGAUUCUGGAGAAGACAAGCAAAACGAGGAUGAAUCUGCAGUCGUAGAGGACGAUAGCGCUGAAGCAGAGGAUGAAGAGCCCUCUGUCCAAGGUAGAGCCUCGCCAGCUUCGAAACGCCGCUCGAACACCUCUAUUCGCCGACCUAAGUCAUCUGAGGGAGAGGGAGCUGACGAAGUUCCAUUCUUACCAAUGUCCAUAAUCAGCCCUGAUGUCUACGAGCCUGAUGUUAUCGGCCGCAAAUUUCCUUGGGGUUUCGCAGACCCCUACAACGAGGAGCACUGUGACUUUAUUAAACUGAAGGAGGCCGUGUUCAGUGAGUGGCGCGGCGAGCUGCGGGAAGUGAGCAGAGAGCAAUGGUAUGAGGGAUGGAGAACGAACCGUCUCAAGCAGAGGCAACCUUCGAGCCGACGUCGAUGAGAAGGAAUAGUGGAUAUUUCUAGUGGAUGAGACGUUUUUCUACAUGGUAGCAGGUCUUUGACCUUUUAUGUCUUGGUGUCGUCAUAGCAUACCCCCUUUUUCAGAUAUUUUCUUUCUUGUUUUUCAUAUACCACACGAUGUUGUAUUCUCCGGCCAGCUGGAGCG